CUGGGCGUCACCUAAACGUACGUCCACUCCGCCCCCUCCCAGGAGAAACACGCGGCGAGUGGCAGCAGCGAAGCGGAGAGAUCGCUGUGUGCCGAGACCGGAGUCACCAUGAGGCGACCCAAGCUAAGGAAAUCGAGCAAGCGCAUGACAUGUAGCAAACGUUUCAAAAUCCAAAAAAAGGUUCAUGAACACAAACGGAAAGUCAAAAAACAGGCAAAGAAUAGUGGCUCCAGGAAGCAAAAGAAAGACCUUAGUAUUCCUAACGAUGCCCCGUUUAAAGAGGCGAUCCUCCGCGAAGCAGAGCUGAGGAAGGAAAGGCGGGAGGAGUUGAAGAAAGCCCAGAAACUUGAGAGGCAAAAGGAAUUGGCGAAAAAAAGAAAUUUGGAAGCUAAAGGGUCAGAUCCUGCUGAAACAAAGCAAGCAAAGAAAAAGGGUGACAAAAAGGAAACAAAACAACCAAAAUCCACGAAGAUACACAGUGAUGUUUCUGAGAAAUCCUUUUGUCUUGAAGUAAAUAAGGUAAUCGAAGCCUCCGAUGUUGUGUUGGAGGUGCUAGAUGCCAGAGACCCCCUUGGUAGCCGAUGUGUGGAAGCAGAACAGGCAGUUCUUCAAUUCCCAAACAAAAGGCUGUUGUUUGUUUUGAAUAAAACCGAUCUUGUGCCUAAAGAAAAUGUUGAAAAAUGGCUUUUAUCCCUCAAUAAAGAGCUUCCCACUCUUUCUUUUAAAUGUUCGACACAAGUGCAUGAACGGAACCUUAAAAAGAAAAGGAACAUUAUACCCGGCCGUAUCGAUGUGACCAAGGGAACAGUUUGUUUUGGAAGCAGUGCCUUAUUAAGGCUUCUUCAUGAACUCUGUCCUUUGAAAACCGAUGUGAUUAAAGUUGGGUUAAUAGGAUUUGCAAAUGUUGGAAAGAGCAGUUUGAUAAACAGUUUGAAACAAGCUCAUGUCUGUAAUGUUGGAGCUGUCAAAGGAACCACAAAGAUACUGCAAGAGGUCAAUAUUGAUAGUCAAAUCAAAGUAAUUGACAGCCCUGGGUUGGUGGUUUCACCCAAUAACCAGGCUGUUGCCAUCACCCUGAGAAGUGCGUUUCAAGUGAAUGAUAGUGACGUAAUGAAAGCUGCCCAUGUCAUUUUAAAACACUGUGAUAAGCAGCAGGUCAUGUUACAGUACAAUAUUCCAGAUUUCAGAAAUCCCCUGGAGUUUUUAACCUUGCUAGCACGUAAGAGAGGAAUGCUGAAAAAGGGUGGGGUCCCCGACACAGAGAGUGCAGGAAACCUAUUUCUAAAUGAUUGGCUUGGUGCCAAACUGAGUUACAAUUCCCAGCCACAAACCCCAGCCUGCGAUUACAUAACCCCCGAAGUUACAAACCGAAUGCAGAAAGGCAUCAACCUGGAACUCCUUGCACAGGACAACACCGAGUCUGUUAAAACAUUAAAGUGUCCUAGCUCUGCAAGUAGUAUUCGGUUUACGUCUGCCGGUCUGAUCAAUGGGGUAAUGGAUGUCAAUAAAAUAAGGGAACAGGAGGAAAGCGAGGCAGAGACUGAAGAGGAUGAACAAGACAUGGAAGAGGAGGAUGCUUCAGAAGCUGAAGAGGAGGAGAGCCAAGACAUAUCCAGGGAGGCAGAGACUACACCUGAAGCAGCUACAACUCUAUCAAAAGACGCCCCCAAAUCAGUCUGCUUUGAUAAAGUCGAAGAGAAAGCGGAUGAUACUUAUGACUUUAAUAGUGAUUUCAUCUAAUAUGUUUCCCAGUAGCCUGUGCAUAUUAUAAACAAUGUCAGUCCAGACUCUUACACUAUGUAUAAUUUAUAUUGUAAGAUUUGAUUAUUUACUGGGACUCUAUUUUUGCCAUUUGCUUAAAGGAACACUAUAGUCACUAUAGAUCAUUCCCCUGCAAUUUCACUGCUCAAUUCACUGUCAUUUAGGAGUUAAAUCACUUUGUUUCUGUUUAUGCAGCCCUAGCCACUGCUCCCCUGGCUAUGAU